AUGACAGAAAGGAAACAAUAAGAACGAGAUAACAUACAAGUUUCAAUAAGAAUAAAGUACAUUAAAAAAACAUGUAACUAGACCCAUGUUUGAUGAAGGAAAGACAUGCAUUCGAAUUGAUCCAAACCUAAAGAAUACUAUCAUCAUAGAAGGACAGAAUCAGUAAGAGUAGAAAUUCUUCUCAUUUGAUAAUGUUGCUGGAGCAGAUACUACAUAGGAAGAUAUCUUUUAGAUGAUUGGACAAUAAUAAGCUAAUAAUUGUUUAGAAGGUAUGAUUAACUGUAAUUUUAGGAUACAACGGAUGUGUAUUUGUAUAUGGUUAGACAGGAUCAGGUAAAACUUACACGAUGACAGGAACAUCUCAGUAACCAGGACUAUUACCACGUAUAAUUGAUUAUCUUUUUGGAUGUGUCUUUCAAGACUAAGAAAAAGAUCCCUCAGUUGAAUACUUAAUCAAAUGUUCACAUCUCGAAAUUUAUAAUGAACACAUUAUUGAUCUUCUUAAUCCUGAUUUGGGUAAUUUACAAUUACGAGAGGAUCUAAAUAAAGGAGUAUACGUUGAAUUUCUUACUGAAGAAUGUUGUGCCAAUGUUUUAGAAGCUAUGGAAGUAGUUCAAAGAGGUAAUGAAAAUAGACAUAUCUCAUCAACUUAAAUGAAUUUUGAAUCUUCCCGUUCUCAUAGUGUUUUUACUGUGUAAUUGGAAUCAAGAAGAUAAAGUCAUUCAUUAAUUAAUCACAGAUUUUCUAGAUUCCAUUUUGUGGAUCUAGCUGGUAGUGAAAGAUAAAAACACACACAAGUUUAAGGUGAAAGACUUCGUGAAGGUUGUCAAAUAAAUAGAAGUCUUCAUAUUUUAGGCAAUGUUAUUAAUUCACUUGUAGAAGAUAAAGAAUAAAAUAGAUAUGUUCAUUAUCGUGAUUCUAAAUUAACAUUCUUAUUAAAAGAUUCUCUUGGAGGUAAUUCAAGAACUCAUUUAAUUGCUAAUAUACAAUAAUCAAAUUUAUUUUAUUAAGAAACACUCUCUACACUUUUAUUCUCUAAAAGAGUCAAAUAAGUUAAAAAUAAAGCUAGAGUUAAUGAAGAUGAAAGUGGAUCUUUAGAAAGUCUCAAAAAUGAAAUCAAAAGAUUAAAAUAAGAAUUAGCAAAAUGGAUUGUAGGUCUUUAAUCUACAUCUAAAUUAGCAGAAUCUCCUUCUAAAUAAAAUAUUAGUAAAAAAUACUUAUCAUAAAUUAGUCAUGCAUAAUAUCAAUUUUGAAGAUCUUAAUGCUAAUGAUUAAAGAUACAUUAAAUUAGAAGAAAUACUCAAAGUAUAUCUUGAACAAUCUACUGAAAGUGAAACAGCACUUUUUAUAGAAAUAGAAAAGUAUUUAAGUGGAAUUAAAGAAUUAAGAGAAGCAUUUUAAUUAAGUUCUUAAUUGGAACAAUAACUAAAAUUAAUCAUUAGAUUAUAAAAUGAAUAAAUUGUUAGAUUGAAACAUGCUAAUGGAGCUGAAGAUUUAUCAAAUGAUUAUUAAGAAGAACUUUCCAAAGCUCUUUUAAGUUAAGCUGCAGUCAUGAAGAAAUUCUCAGAUAGUCUUAGAAUUAAAGAGGGAUCUGCUAAAAAUGUAGAAAAAGCUAAAUUAUAAAUAAAUGAAAAUGUAUAAUUACUCAAUACUAUUGUAUCAACUGUUAAUGUAAUUCAUAAUAUUUAUUCAUUAAGGGAUCUUUAGAUGAAAGAAAGAAAUUAUAAAAAUAAAUCUAAUAAUAAUUCUCUUAAGUUUAUGUACCAGUAGAAGAGUUCAAUUAAUUGUAGAGUGAACAUGAACAAGUUAAUGAAAAAUUAAAUAAAUAGGUAGAAAAAGAAGAAAAAAUUAAAUAAUCACUUGAUUAAAUAGGUAUUACACUUCAUGUUGAAGAUGAAAUCAAAAUAAUAGAUCAUAAAUAAAGAGAUUUAACUUUAGAUUAAUAAAAUGAAUAAUUGGAAUUGAAGAGUAGAGCUGUUGAAUAAUUAAAUUAAUAAUUAUAAUAAAAAGAAUAAGAAAUACUAUAAAUUUAAGAAUAAAAUCAAAAGAAUAUAUAAGAAACACAAUAAUUAAAUUUAUAUAUAGGGGAAAUAAAGCAUGAAGUUCAAUAAUUGCAUUAAUAACUUUAAGCAUAAUAAAAUUAAUUAGAUUAGGCAAAAUAAUAAACAGAUUCCUUAUAAAAUAAUGUGCAUUAAUAGAGAGUUGAGAAUGAUUAAUUAAAAUUAGAGAUAUAAGCUUUAAAAACAGAUAAAGAUAAUAUUUUAUUUUAAAGUAAUUAAAAUUUAGAAGAUUUAAAUAAUUCAUUAUAGUAAUAGAAAUAAUAGAAUGAAAUAUUAUUAAGUUAAUUAAACAAUUCUAAACAAGAAUAAAAUAAUUUAAUAAGUUAAAUUUAAUCUAAUUUAAAUGAACUUAAAGAAUAAAAUCAUUAAUUAACUAUUGAAAAAUAAGAUGUUUAAUUAUAAAAUAAAAAAUAAAUAGAUGAUUUAUUGAAUUAGGUUUAAUUAUUGAUUAAAUAAUAAGAGUAAAAAGAAUUAUAGUAUUAAAAUGAAUUUUAAAAUAUUAUUAAGAAUUCUAAAAUAGAAUAAACUAAUAUUUAAAAUGAAUAUGAGAAUCAAAUAUAAACUAUUGUAAAAUAACAUGGCUUGUAGAUUGAACAACUGAAAAAUGAAAAUAAAAGGUAACUUGAUUAAUUUGUUAAUCAAUAAGAAUCAGAAAUUCAAACAUAAAUUAAUUAAUUAUAAAAUUAAAUUUAAUAAUUGAAUAAAGAAUUAUAAUAAAAAUAAUUGUAACUUGAAAAUAAAAAUAAAGAAUUUGAGGUAUUAUUCAUCUUAUCUUUAGCUUUUAAAAGAUAAAUAAGAUAAAUUAGAAUAAUAGAUUAAUUAGUAAAGAAAUGAUUAUGAAUAUAAACUUGAAGAAAAAUAAACAUAAUAUAAAGAAUUAGAAUAAUAAUAAAAUAUUUUGAUUCAUUAAAAGGAUAAAUAAUUAGAAAAAUUAAAAAAUGAUUAUGAAAAAAGUAUACAAUAAAAGAAUUUAGAAAUUGGAGAAAUUAAAUAAAAUUAUCAAAAAUUGUUUGAAGAUAACAAAAUUAUAAUCAAAUAAUAAGAAUAAGAACUUUUAAUUAAAAAGGAAGAGUUAAAUUAGGCAGUUUAAGAAUUAAUAACAAAAGAAGAAGAAUUUAAAGUACAAUUAGCUUAAGUUAAUGAAAAACAAAAAGAAUUUGAAGAUAAUUGUUUUGAAUUAAGAAGUAGGGAUAUUCCAGAAAAAGAUUCAGUAAUUUAACAAUUAAGAGCAGAUAUUGAAUAAAAAGAAUGUGAAUUGUAAAUUCAAAAUGAAGAUUUCAUAAAUUAAUAAAAUCUUCUUUUUGAAAUGAUUAAAUAAAAAGAUAUUGAAAUAAAGAAAUUAACAGAGGAUCUUGAUGAUCAUAGUAAUAGAUUAGCAGAAGCAUCAAAAGUAAUUGAUAAGUAUUCAAAUUGUAAUUCUGAAUUAAAAGGGACUAUAGAUUAAUUAAAUCAUUAAUUAGAAAAGUAGUAAUAAAUAAUAAAUGAUAUUAAAAUUAAAGAGAAUACAUCAAUUUAAAUUUAUGAUGAAAAGAUGAAAUCCCUUAAUGAGAUUUUAUAAUCUUAGUAAAAUGAAGUUGUAAAUUUAUAAAUGAGAUUGGAAGAGGAGAAUAAAGUUUUUAAUUAAUAAAGUACUCAAUAAAUGAAAACUACUGAAAAAAAAAUUAAAGACUUGGAAAAGGAAAAAAAUAUUUAUUAAGAGGAAAUUUAGAAAAAAGAAUUGUCUAUUAAUUAAUUGGAAUCAAAAUUAUAGGCUUCAAUAAAAGAAAAAGAAACUAUGUCUAAUUAAUUGAAAAAUCAAAUUAAAGAUUUAUAACAAUAAUUGAUAUCUAGUAAUCAAGGAAUAGAAGAAUAAAAGAUUUGGGUUAUUCAUUAUAAAAAAGAAGUCGAUAAAUUAAAUAAAGAAGUGUUAUUAACUUAAUAAAUUUCUUUAUAAAAUUAGAGCCAAAAAAAUGAAAAUGAUUAAUUGAAAUAAGAAAAUUAAAAAUUGAAUAAAUUGUUAGAUAAUCAAUAAUAAUAGAUAGUAUCCUUUAAAAAAGAGAUAGAUUAAUAUAAAUAAGAAAAAAAUAAAUUAAUUGACUCUAUUUCUUAACAAGAAAAUAAAAUAUUAGAGUUAGAAGAGAUUAAAUUAUAAAAGUAAAUAUUAUAAGAAAAAGUAAGUGAAUUACAGAAAAGUUAGUAAGAUAUACAUUAAAAAUAUCAGUAAUCAUAAUUACAAUUACAGAGUUUAUAAGAUGAUUUAUAAUAUUCAAAAAAAGAAAUUUAAGAAACUAAAUAAAAGAAUAAGGUUUUAGCAUAAUAAUAAUAAAAUGAAAUAAGUAAAUUUAAUUAAGAAAUUAUUUCAAUUAAAGAAGAGUUGGAUUAAAGCAGAAAGAUUUAAAUGGAAAUAAAGAAGUCUGAACAAGAGCAGAGAGAGUAGAAUAUGCAAAUUAGAUAGAAUUAUGAAAAAUUAAAGUUAGAAAAUUAAUAAUUAAAUAAUUAAUUAGAUGAAAUAUAAUAAGAUAUCAAAUAUGAGAAGGAAGAAAUUUUAAAGAAGGAUGAAACUAUUUAAAAAUUAUCUGAUUAAAUAAAAUACAAAACCUAAUAAUUAGAAGCUCAAAAUACAUUGAUUAAUUAGGUAGAAUAAAAUAAAUUAAACUAAACUAAUCAAAUAUUAUAAUAAUCUAAUUAAUUAACAAAUUUAUCAAAAGAACUAUUUUCUUUAAAAUAACAAUUAUAAAUAAAUGAUACUUAAAAUGAAUCCUAUAAGAGAGAAGUUGAAAGAUUAAAAAGAGAAUUAGAAUUUUAAGGAAAGUAAGUAGAAGAUUAUAAAUAAUAAAAUAAAAAAUUAUAAUAAUAAUUAGACUUCGAAAAGAAACAUAGCUAAAAAUAAAAAAUUUAUGAAGCAUCUGAAUUAUUAAGUAAAAUUGAUAAUACACUAUCUCCAAUAAAAGGUAUUAAGGUAAUUUUAUAUUAAUUAAUUAAAGGGAUAACUUCUAUAUGGUAGUUCAGAAAGUAAGACUUAAAAAAGAAUUUUACAACAAAAAACUCCUUAAAAGGAAUAUGGAUUUUAGAAUUCAAAUAGUGCUUCUAUGCUUAAUGCUUCAUUUAAUUCAUAAGAUUAAUUGGCUAAAGAAAACAGGAAACUCAAAUAAAGUUUAGAGUAGAAAAUGAAAGUAAUUUUUAUUAUUAUAAUAAAAGAUUAUUGAAUAAUUAGAACAAGCAUUAUUAUAAAGUGAAUAAACAUUGAAGGAAGUGCAUGAGAAGGCAAAUCAAUUUUGUUAGCAAUAAGAAGAUGAAAUAAAGCAUAUCAAAGAUCAAUAUUCAAGACUUGAAUAGGAACACAAUGCUAUCUUAGUAAUUUCAAUCUAUAUUUUAGGCUGAAAGGGAGUAUGAGAAUUAGUAGAUAAAUAAAUAAAAGGAAUAGGCUUUAUUUAAAGUUUAGAUUCUAUAAGAUGAAGUAUUGAAAUCAAAGAGAGGAUCAGUUGGAAGUUAACAUGUUCCAGGUUCAAAAUAUUCUGACACUGUGUAGGAUAUGUCAAUGAGAGAAACUCCGUCAUCAUCUCAUAGAUAUAGACUUUCAGAUGGGUAAUUUAAAUCACAUUAUGGUGUUGAUGCUCAUUAAAAGUUAAUUUAUGAUACUGUAAUAUCCAAAUUAUUAUAUAUAGCAAAAAUUAUUACUUGAGAAUUAAAGGCUACAUAGCCAAAUGUGCAAAUUAUAUUAGAUAUUGGGAUUAGAUAAAAAUAGAUCAAAUAGACUAGAAGAUGGUGAGAAGAUCAUUUAAUCGGUUCAAUUAUUAUUAUAAGAAGUCAUUGUAUAUAUAGCUUUAUUUAUUAUUUAAGGAUUGCAAGUAGGAAAUUCAGAAUUUGAUUUAAGCAUAGCCUUAAAGAAACUUAAAGUACUAAUCAAUGGAGAAAGAUUUAUUAUAAACUAAAUAAAAAUACUAUGCAAUAGAAAGGAGUCCUAAAUUUUGGAAUUCUAGUAAUGAUACUCCAAAAGCUAAAUUCUUUAAUUACUCAAAUUCUUCAGGGAAAUGA